AUGAAUGGAAUUAAAUCGUUAUCCAAGAUUCUGUCGGAAAUCACUGUAAAGAUUACUAUUAAGACUGAAUGCCAGGAAGCGUUGGAACAUUUUAAUUUCAGUCAGAUUAACUAUACUGAGGAUGACCUUGACAGAAACGCAUUACAACGUCAAACUGCAAUUGACAGUUUACCAGAUGAGUUACGUUCUGUGUUUAUGAACUACAUCCUAGAUGUUAUUGAUAAACGUAUGAAAAAGCAUUGUGUUCAUCUAAUAAAAAUACUGAAUAGACAGUUACCCCAAAAUCUAUUUUCAAAACCUCUUGGAAGGUAUGUUCAUAACUUUCCUAGUAUUUCUCUUACUCUACUAGAACUAGAGUUCGUGUCACUAAGCUCAAAGUUUUCUGAUAUUGUAAGUCUUUCAGUAAGAUUAGAAACUGAAUAA